UACUCAAUUCUUCUUAGCCACCAUAACUAUCAGCAGCUCCUCAAUCAUUCGGCCAACACAUACGGGCAACAGGCUCAAAAGCUCAAGUUCAUCGGUCUCUUUAUACUCUCCCAAAUCAUUCGUUUCAUUGAUUCUUCAAUUUAUUUCUGUUUUUGGAUGUCUCUUGGUAUAGCCUCCAAUUAUGAGAAUUUCAUUUUGUUCAUCGUUGUUAGUCUUGAUGGGCAUAUGUUCACUUUUACUCCAAUAUUCUAUCUCUGUGGCAUCUGGUCAACAUUUUGGCGAUCAGCAGUCCUCGAUGCUCCAGUUUAAGGACAGCCUCAAGUUCGACACUGAUCGAUCAACAAAAUUGGCACACUGGAAUCCAAGUGUCGACUGCUGUUUGUGGGAAGGGGUAUCCUGCGACAAAGGGCUUGUUAUCGGCCUCGACCUGAGCAAUGAAUCCAUCUCAGACAGUUGUUCUUUGCAGACUUUGGAUCUCGAUGGAAACCAACUACAAGGAGAACUACCAAAAUCCCUGACCAAGUGCGCAGCACAGUUGGAGGUCCUGGACAUUGGGAACAACCAGAUCCAGGAUGCCUUCCCAUGUUAUUUGAAGAACAUACACACGUUGCGAGUCCUGAUUUUGCGAUCUAACCAAUUUUAUGGGCCUAUCAAUUGUUUAGACGCUAAUGCCACCUGGUCCAUGCUUCAAAUUUUGGAUCUGGCCUCUAACGAAUUUGUUGGCAAGUUUCCGAUACAUUACUUUCCUAACUGGAAGGCAAUGAUAGAAACUGAAAAUAAGACCCAGUCUCAGCUCAAACACCUCCAAUAUGAAGUUCUUCCUUUCGGUGUCUACUAUCAGAAUAUGGUAACAGUUACUACCAAAAGUCUACAACUGGAGCUGGUGAAGAUCCUAACUAUCUUUACCUCCCUCGACUUUUCAAGCAACAAUUUUGACGAGCCUAUACCAGGAGAAUUAGGAGAAUUCACAGCCCUAUAUACCCUCAACUUGUCUCACAAUGCCUUUACUGGAAAAAUCCCACAAGCUUUAGGCAAGUUGAGUCAUCUUGAGUCAUUAGAUUUGUCAAGCAAUAAGCUUACAGGAGAGAUUCCUCUUCAACUCGCUGAUGGUCUUAUUUUCCUAUCAACCCUUAACCUUUCAUUCAAUCAAUUGGUGGGAAGGAUUCCACAGAUCAAGCAAUUUACUACAUUGCCAGAAAAUUCCUUUAAAGGAAAUAUAGGAUUAUGUGGCUCGCCUUUGAAAGAAAAAUGCACUGAAUCGGUACCGUCCUCUCCCACAUCUGAAGAAUCUCAUUCAAAUUCUGGGAAUGCAAUUGAUUGGAACUUCUUAAGUGCUGAAUUGGGAUUUGUUUCCGGCUUUGGGAUUCUUGUUGGGCCUCUCAUAUUUUGGAAGAGGUGGAGGAUAUUCUACUACAAUUGUCUUGACGACAUCUUUUUCAAGAUGUGUCCUCGGCUAUACAUCAGAAUAGAAAAUCGUGGAAGGCGAGCACGCAGGAAUAGAGGACGGCAACCACAGAGGAAUCAAGGCCGGAGGCGUUAGUGAUAGAUAUGAGGAUCGAGUAAUGUUGUCAGGUUGUACUCCAAUUGUUUUAUGGUUUCAAUAUAUGUAAAGCAAAUGCAAUUGAAUGUGAACGUUGUCCUAAGUAAAUCUUUUUUUUUUUGUUUUUUAAUUAUCAUCAAGCAACAUUAUUGAA